AUGAUAGAUCACAGCCUCUUUGAAAGGUAUGAUUCGCUCAAUCGGAACUACACGGGAAAAAGGCCGCAGCUGGGUCCGGGUGUGAAGUGCGUACAGUGCGACGGCUGUGAUCGUGUAAUCACGUUCGCCGUGUUCCACAGCGAGUACGAAGGCGGCGUGGAUGUGUGCAACAUUUGCCGUGUGGCUGCCGAGCAAAGUGCAGGCGGGUACGUGCAGUGCACGGAUCGAAGACGGCGUCUUUGCUUUGCGAAUCACCCGUUGUGUUUUGUUGGCCCCGCUCCGCUGCCCAAAGGCUACGAGUUGGACAAGGACGAGAUUGACGUGGAGCACGACCCCGGGCUGCUGGCGAGGCGCUUCAAGAGGUCUGUUGACGUUGUCGCCCGCCGCGGCCUUGGUCGUCCAAGGAAGCGGCCGCGUGGACGACGCCGCGAAGGUGACGGGAGUAAAAAAAACGAAAAGAGGGAUGGUAACGAGGACUGGUCGACGGCGAAGAGGUCGAGGCGAGGCGUUGGCGGAGGCGUGGCAGCUGUGACGAUGGCCGCCGGUGCUGCUGCUGUCGCUUCCGCUUCCGCUUCCGAUGCGGCGGCAACGACGACGCCGGAAACAGCAGCACCACAAGCGACAGCAGCACAAGCCUCGCCAUUGCCGCCGCGGGAGGAGCCGAAAUUGAAAGCACCGCCACCUGCAGGUGUUGCCGAGGUGAAAGGGGAGAAUGGUGCAACGCAUAGCGAGCAACCGCAGAAUCCAGCAGGGAGUAAUAAAGACUCCGCACGGCGGAUGAAGUGGGAACGCGUGGUAAACAGUCCAGUGGCGAAGUUUUUUCUCCAAAUUGAGCCCCGCACCAAAAGGACCGCCGAACGCCCAGCAUCCAUGGUCUACCAGCCGCUAUGCGUAUUCGACCACGAUAGCAUUCAAGAGUUUUCCGUUGCCCCGAACAGGAGUUGCCGAACCACCCGUGGGUUUGUAGGCUUCACGUCCUGCAGCAGUGUCCUCUGUGUGCGCAUAGUUCCAACGAUGCCUGAAGUGGGUCUGUGGUUUUCAGUGAUGUGUGAGGAGGAUUGCUGCACGCGGCUUGACAUAUGGCAUUGCCCUCCUAAAGCAAGCGCCACUGCCUCUUCUUUCCUCAGUCUCAGCGAUGUUGCGCCUCCAGUACGCAGGUACGUUGUGCAUGUGGGACUAAACGUGGCAGUGUCGAUGGAUUGGCUCCCUGUUCCCUUACAUCGAACGGACAACAACAAGUUGGGUCUCUGCACGUUUAUCCGUGGGAAGUACUUGGUCUCGACAGUUCUUCCCCGCGAUGUAGUUGCUGAGACCUCAGCGGCUGUAACGCGUGGCUGCGGCAACGGUGGUGCUGAUGGCGCUGGCCGCAGGAGUGGUCGUUGCGUCCACGUGGCUGCGGAGGUGUGUGGUGCGACUCUGCUGAAGCGUGAAAUCGAACUUGUGGAGAUUCGGUGGAGCUCCAACGCCACUUCUCUCGCCGGGACGUUUCUCUUUGCGAUUGGCCGCUGCACCUCGGUGGUGGUGCUUCAGCCCACCGGCGACACACACUCGGGUAAGUUGAUGUUGCAAGUGGUGCAUUACAUUGAAGCAAAGGGCGUCGUGGCGUCUCCACCGUUUUUGCCGUUCCCUCCCAUUGCUGUUGGUGCGGCGCGUAGUGGCCACACGAUGUUGGUGGUUUCACAUGGAACAAGUGUGGCAUUCUACCAGGCGCCCGAGUUCAGCACGAAACUUUUUGUGGCCGUGGAUGAGGUGGUGACUUGUGUACGAUCCUACGAGCGACGUUUGACGAUGGGCCUGGCGAGUGGUGCUGUUGUGGACGUUCGUAGCGGGAUGCCGAUUGCGACGCUGCAGUCGCCACCAUUACUUAUUGACCGCAUAGAAGGCACGUCUAAUGAUGAAGAGACGUGGCUUGUGGCGGACACCUCGGGAGAGUGUACACGGAUUUAUCGGCACCGUCAGGGAGAUGCGGAGCCCAGGACGGAGUGUGUUCUCUCGCUCGCUCGGGUGCAGCGUGCAGCAGAUCAGCCGGCGGCGUUAAUUAUGGGCUGCAGCCGCAUGAGUGAGUCCCUGCGUAUUACUGGGGACAGCGCGCCGCAAUUUGUGCAGCAUCCACUGCAGCAUCUUAUGAUCGCGCGUGGUCCGCUACUUGCCUUUUUUACCGACGGUGUCUGGUUAUUGUCUCCGCAGUGA